AUGAACCCUUUGUUUUACCCGGAUACUAACAAAGGGGAAAAAACUGGGCUUGCUAAAUCCAAGAAACUUGUUCAGAAUACAAAAAACCUUCCUCAAUCAGAAGAAACAUUGAAAGGAGUCCCGGAUAAUUGGUAUUACAACGAAGCUCAAACCGAAAAUAUAUGGCAGAAUUUGGAAAAAGGAAUUGCAAAGCGAGAAAUUGAAGAGGAAAAAGCAAAUCCAUUUGUUAAAAUCGAUGAAUCAGCACAAAAAAUUCGAAAUCUGAUAGUAAAUUAUCAAUUAAAUGAUCAUGAUGUUAUGUUAGGACUUUUAGAUAUGUUAGAUAAAAGUGGUACAAUGCUUGAUUUAGAUCAACAAACAUUACUAAUGGAAGCAAGAUAUUCCUUAACAAAAAUGAUCGACAAUCAUGCAGGAAAUUCUGAAGCACAACAGCAACUACUAAACUCUUUACGAGGCUGGUUUCAAGGAGUUCAAACAGCAGCGAAAAAUGAUGUAAAUGAUUUGCCAAAGUUGUCAGAUAUACAAAUGGAUUCAACACAGCUUGCACAGCUCAUCAAAUCGUGUUGUGAAGUAACAGAUUCCUCAAUUGGGCAAGCAGCGAGCAUACAUCAAACAAUUAUCGAAAAUUACCAAAAGCAAAUCCACGAAUAUCAGACAAAACUCGAAGACAAAAACAACGAAAUACAGAGAUUAAGAGAGUCCAUGGAACUUCUAAGUCGAGGUCACCGAAAGGCCUCAUCCAAAAUGCAAAAAGCUCAUCAAGAACAAGGUGUAGCUUUAAACAACGCAAAUAGAAAAAUAAUUGAGCAAGACACCAAAAUAACAAAACUCAACACAACAGUGAACACCCUCCGUGAGCAAGUGGAAAACACCGAAGACAACAACGAGGCGCAAUUUGAAGGAAUUGACCCAGCCAUUUUAGCAGAGAGAGAAUUGGAGUUUGACUCAAAAAUCAGAGUUCUAAACGAAGCGAUAUCGAAUCUUAGAAGCGAAAACAACUCUUUGCAGACCAAAAUCAAGCAGGACAAGAUACAAUCAAACCAAAUCGAGAACAAGAACAUCGAAUUAGAAAACGAAUUGAAGAUACAGAAAUCGAAUUUGGCUGCAGAAAAAGAGAAAUUCACUCAGCAAAUGAACCUUUUGAAGAAAAAGAAUGAAGAGAUGAUGGUUAAACUAUCGACACAAGGUAAAGACAGAGACGAAGAGCAGAUGAAACUAGAAAUUCAAAGGAAUUUAACCGAGCAAAAGGAGAAAUUGCAGCAAAACUACAACAUGACAAUAGAAUUACUCGAGAAGAAACACAAGCAGCAAAUCAAUGAAAUACUUAAUUCAAUGACUCCAGAUGGAACACAAAAUUUGAUGAAUGCACUUGUCAAACAACAGAAUGAAACAGUUGAAAGAAUGGCUGACAAUCACAAGAAGGAGAUGGAUGAAUUAAGAGACAAUUUUCUUGAGAAAUUGGACAACAUGAAGAAGACUUACGAAAUGAAGAACAAGAAAUUGCAAAAAGAAAUUGAUGCAAAUAAAGAAAUCCACGAAAUAGAUCUCAAAAAUCAACUGGAAAACCAAAAAAUAGAACUUGAAAACGAAAACAAAAAGAAUAUUUUAGAAAACACUUCGGAACUCCAGAAACAAAUGAAUUCAAUCAGACAGGAUCUCAUUCUAAAAAUUGAUAAUCUUAAAGGCAAAAAUAGAAAGCUCCAUGCACAAGUAAAGUCUCUGCAGGUUAUUGCAGCAAUGACUGACGAAUCACUCAAAGAACAGAACUUGAUUUCGGAUGAUGACGAUGAUGAUGAAAAUGGUUUUGAAGAGGAAAACUUAGACGAAGAAGUCAUUAAAAUGAAGGUUGAAAGUGAAGUCCAGAAAGUGAAAGAAGAGAUGAACAAAGACAUGAUUAAUCAGAAGAAGGCCUACGAUCUAGCGAAAGAGUUAGAAAUAAACAAGAUCAAGGAAAUGAUGCAGUUGAACUUCGAAAAGAUGCUUCUAGAACAGAAAGAGAAAAUGUUAAAUGAACUUUCAAAAUCAUCAUCGUCCAAAGAUAUACAGAAGAUCAUCGAGUCGAUGUCAAGCGAAGAGUUACCAUCACUAGCUGCAUCUCCUUUGGCUGAAGUUACUCCAACAGUUCCAUUGGAAGAAUUCAGAACUUUGCAGGAGAAAUACCUCAAAAUGGUCGAUGAAAACACGUUCAUGAAGAAGACUCUGGAAAAGAUAAACUCAAGAGGGCCUGCAUUCAAUGGAGAUGUUGUUGCGACAAUGAGAAGCCAAAUUGCAGCUGAUUCUGAAAAGAUUUCGAUGAUUUACGAAGAAAACAGAAGACUUAAAGAACAACUCGGCGAAAAAAUUGGUAAAUCCUUAGACGAAAUCAAUCUGAGUAUUACCAAAUCAAAACCAAUGCUGUCAAUAGUCUCUGUCCAGUAUGUUUCUAUGGAGAAAUCUCCUGCCGCUCUUCAAAAUUCGCAGAUAUUCGAAAUUGCCUCUGUCGAGAAUCACGAAGAUCAAAGUAAUAAAUCUCCUCGAAUUGCACUAAAUAAGAACUUGAGUGUUAUGAAUAGCAAUGAAAUCUACAUACCAAACAAAAGCAAUGAAAACUUCAAACUCAGUGCAAGUAAUUCGUUUGAACAGUUUAGUAUCGAAAAUGAACAAAAUUCCAGACAAAAUUCGGCCGAUUCAAGUAAAAGAAGAGUUUCGUUUAAACCAGAAGUAAGUUCAGGUAUAAGCAAAUCACUAUUUAACCAAGUGACUCAAACGAAUCCUGUGAUUGAAAUGAACAUCUCCACUCAAGUUUCUCUUAUUAAACUAAAGUCAUCUGACUCCCAAACUUUCGAAAUCGAAAAUGUGGAAGAAAUUAAAUCUACUGAUAGUGAAAUGGAGAAACCUAAAGAAACUUUUUAUUCAAAUGAUAAAAAUGAAAAAUCGUCAAGCACUGAUGAAGAAAAGUUCAAUAACCAGAAUUCAGCAAGAUAUAAAAACAUUAUUAAUAAUGAGAUAAACAAUGGAAAUAAAUCAAAUGUAACAGCCAAUAUUAACCAAGAUGCUAAAUAUGAAAUAGAGAGUGAUUCAAUGACGAAAGUUAUGAAAAAUGAAGAAAAAAGAAAAAGGAAAUUUACUACUUCGAAUGAUUCUUUAUUCGAUUUAAAGCCAUCAGAUGAUAAACCGCAAAGUAAUAAUCACAGGACAAAACUAAUGUCAAGUGCAACAAAUUCAUACGAUGUGGAUGAAAGUCAGAGAGUUCCUCUUGAAUCAUCCUUAUCUCAACAGUUUGACAUCAAUGAGAACAUUGUGAAAGUAUCUCUUCGAUCAUCGGAGUCGCAAUCAUAUGAAAUAUCUGCAAACCAAGGAAUUCUUCAGAACUCUUCAUCUCAAAUCUAUGAAUUAAAUGAAAUGCAGGCAAUCAACGAAGAUGACACAAAACCGAUGCAUUACACUAUUCAAAGAAGCAAAUCAAUUCCAAAUAAGAAUGUUUUCCAUGUCUCGCCAACAAAACUUAGUCCAAGAAAACCAAAUCUUGUAAAUUCUCAAACUGAAACAGAAUUUAAUAGUUUACAAAAAGUGUCAAAAACAGAUAAUGUUAAGUUAUUUAUUGAUGUUGUAAAUUCGUUUGCAAAACCAUAUCUGAAGUCAUUAUUGUCAAUAAGCAAACCUUUAUCCACAGAAAUUCCUUCAAAGCCAUCUCCUGUUCUGAAAAGAUACAUUACAACAAUUUUAUCGAUGUUCAGUGAAACUAAAAGCGAAUUACCACAAAAUGUAACAACAAAACUAAUUGUGAACACAGAUAAUGAAAUGUCUCAGUUCAAAUCUAAUGAAAAGAGAGAACAACUAAGAGUUAUAAAGAGUUUUGACUUCGAGCGAAAUGAAGUAUCAAUGAUUGACUACAAAAGGGAUAGUUCUGUCCUCCAAACACAGAUACAAGCAAUCAACGAGCGCCAGAAACAAUUAGUUGACAUGCACAGUGACAUCGACAGCCAUCUUAAAGAACUCUUUGGCCAACACAAAGAGGUAGUUAACGCGCUGAAGAAAGCAAACGAAAUGGCUUUUGGUGCGAUCAAAACAGUGGGAACAGACCAUCCAGAGACAUUGAUUGAAAAACUGCAAGAACAGAGUGCAUACACCACAAAUGUCUGCAUGGAGAGGGACUCUUUGCAGGAGACAGUAAAUGAGACGACGAAUUUACUUGACAGAAGAGGAAUGGAAAUAAUUGAAUUAAAGGAAGAACUUGUGAAGGAAAAGAAUAAAAACGAAGACCUGUCCAACCAAAUAUCUAAAUUGGUCCAAAAUAUGUCAGUUACCAAGAUUUCUUCCUCAGAACAAAUACAGCAGAAUGAUGAUUUAGUCAAUUUCCAGACACUACAAAUAGAAGAGCUGCAGAAGAACUUAGAGAAGACAGAGAAACUGAAUAGAAAUUUAUCAGAAGAACAAAUAAGGACAGAGAACAAAAUCAGAGAGUUAGAAAGUAAAAUUGUUGUGCAAGAAGUGAAAAAAGUUGUUUUUGAUGGAUUAGUUGUUGGGCCUUUCGUUAUUUUUAACACAGAGCAACACAAGGAACAACCAAAGAAAGGCUUCUCUCUUUCUCCUCUAAUAAAUUCAUUUGAAGCACUUCCAAUAUCUGAAGAAAAAGAGAAACAAAAUAAGAUUGCAAUCGCCACAUCCCCUGUUGCCAAAUUCAUAUCACCAAGCAAUUCUUCAAGGAAGAUUGAAUCUUCUAGAAAGAAUAAUUCUGCAAGGAGUAAUAAUUCUGAAAUUGAAUAUGGCGAAGAAAUUAAAAGCGAUAGAAUUUUACCAAAGCCCGAACUACAAAUAGAUGAGCCUCAUUUACCAAAUGAGCACAAGACAGGCAUUGCCCAAAUCGCAGUUCCAGGUCAGCCGCUUUCUUUAUCAAUCAAAAAAGGAAGAAUUUCUGGUGGAAAUCAGACGAGGAACUCAAUCAUUAAAAUGCCUUUACCUGCACUAAAUAAACUCAAUGAAGACACCACAACUAUCACACUUAGUGAACACGGAAGAUCCAGAUCGUUUGAUUCAUUCGAGCCAAUGAUAACUGACAAGAAGACAGUUGUUUAUGUCACUAGAUACAUCAAAGACGAAAAGAAGGAAAGCGGCAAAGCACCACUGUCAAAUACAAGUAGAAAUGAAGUAAACACAGAGAGAUCUGAGCAAGAAACAGUGAAUGAUAUGAGCAUCAAUUCGAGCAAAGUGAUUAAAACAUCGUAUUCUCCUUUGCAAGCUCUCAAGAAUAGAAUUGAUGCACUCGAAUCUAUUUUACAAAAUAAAUCUCACCAAGUUUUGUCUGGAAAAGAUAAAGAACACAUGUUGAAUCAGGCUUUGUAUAAAUUGACACAAGAAUACAAGAAACUUGAGAGAGAAAUGACGAAAAUGUCUGCUUUGAAUGAUCAAUAUAAAGAUAAAAUACAGAAUUCUCUUUUACUGAUUAAAAAUUUGACAAAUGAAAAUGAGGAAUUGAGAUCUCUUCUGGCUGAGAUAAAGAGGAACAUUUUGUCAAAUGAAAUGAUCAGUAAAAAGAAUGGUGAGAAAGAAAUAUUCCAAAUGGAGAUGUUCAGAAGACAGAAGCUUCUUAAGAAUAUCAAUAGUUUGGGCAAUAAAUACAACAGUGACUUCAUUUCGAGGCAGGAAGCAAGUGCAGCAAGAUGGCAAAGAAAGAAGGAGAUGAUUAUAGAGAGACAGAAAGCACAAAUGAUGAAUGUACUCAGAGCUAUGGAUUUGCUGAAUGAAGAUAUACCUAAAGAAGGCCAAAGUAAUGUUGUGAAGCAUUACGAAGAGCAGAAGAAACCUUCUUUUUCCAUACAUUUAAUUGGAAAUUCUCCUCAACAAAUAAAUCAAAAGAAAAAUGAAGUGAAAAAAGUUCCAAGUGAACCAAGUGAUUUUCCUUCUAUAGAAGAAGCAUUGAGAAGCUCUUCGAAAGGAAGACUAUCGAGGGAACUUAAACUUGGGGUUAUUGCAGAUCCAAUCAGAACAAAAUGA